GCGAAUGGCGCAGGAAGAAGGGGUACGAGAGCGACAUCAGACACAGAGGCGCAAAAGACCAUGAAACGAUAUGAUGACGGACAGUCUCAGCCAGCGUGUUGAUACACAGCCCGAUGAGACAGCAUGGGCCUCAAGAUCAGCAAGGCAAGGAAAGACCAAACAACAGGAGGGCGUGGACCAGACUUCCUGCCCUUCAUCACCAGUAUUAACAUCAGUAGGACAACGGAGCCACAGGCUGGUGAUCUUCGCGGCCAUCGUCGUCCUCAUGACGCUGCUCAUCCUCUACGGCUCUAACAAUAUCAACGAUGUUACGUACACGCCGUUCCACGUGGCGGCAAACUACGCCAUCAAGGCCACGGAUCUGAAGAAGUGGUCGGGGAAAGACGGCUACGUGCCAUUUCAGGGGAACAAGAGUAUGAACCUACACUGUCAAAGGUGUGCGCUGGUGACGAGCUCCAGCCACGUGCUGGGCAGUCGAGCGGGAGAAGAGAUCGACCGCACGGAGUGCGUGAUCCGGAUGAACGACGCGCCGACGUCGGGCUACGAGGCCGACGUGGGGAACCAGACCUCUCUGCGGGUCGUGGCCCACUCCAGCGUGUUCAGGGUGAUCCGGAGGCCCGGCGAGUUCCUCCAGAGGCCGGACAGCAACCCCGUGAUUAUCUUCUGGGGACCCUCGAGCAAGAUCGGGAAGGAGGCCAAAGGCACGUUGUACCGGUUGAUCCAGAGAGUCAGCAUGACCUACAGCAACAUGUCCUGCUUCAGCAUCACAGCCAGCAAGAUGCGCAGGUUUGACGGCCUGUUUCACCGGGAGACCGGGCGGGAUCGACAAAAAUCUCACUCGUGGUUGAGCACAGGCUGGUUCACCAUGGUCAUCGCCAUUGAGAUAUGCGACAACAUCAAAGUCUACGGGAUGGUUCCACCGAACCACUGCGGGAAAUCCAAACCUGGAGCCAAGAAGAUGCCCUACCACUACUACAACCCCAGGGGUCCUGAUGAGUGUGUGACGUACUUGCAGAACGAGGGCAGCCGGAGGGGGAACCACCAUCGCUUCAUCACAGAGAAACAAGUGUUUGCACGCUGGGCAAAGCAGUACAACAUCACCUUCACUCACCCCAAAUGGUUUUAGACUUUAGUGGAAAACCACGGAGAAGAUCUGCGAGUGCUGACGGAGCCUUCAAAAAGUCACAUGUUGAAGAACUGCUAUUGAUUUAUUUUUAUUUUUUUGGGAAUAGCUGCAAGAAUGAAAACCGGUUGACUGAAGAGAAGAGUGCAGCACCUCAGCGAAUUACUACACUGUAUAUUCCACAUGGUUUUCAUAAAUAGGGAAACAAACACAUUUAAAGAAGAAUUUGUACAUGUUUCAUAGUACUUUUGUUAAUAUGUAUUGAAAUCGCAUUACGUUUCCCCUGCGAAAGGGGAAUUAUUUUAGCAGACACUCUCAUUAGAUAUGAAUAAGUGGCCUACGACACACUGCAGUAGCUAGAGAAUAGAUCAUUCUCGACAGUAAUUGUAGUCUGAUUCAGCAGACGACUAAUUCAAUCUGUGAGGAAUACAGCUGGGAACAACAACAGUUCCAGAACAGAUGCCAAAACAUACUUUAGUUGUCUUAGCUUCAAUAAUACACAUUUCUAUAUACAUUUUGAUUAAUAACCAACUAAAGAAAGUCUUAAAAUUGGCAAAAAGAUUCAGAAAAAUCUGAUCUCAUGAGUAAAGACGACUGCCAUCUUUCUAUACUUGGUGCUACAGAUGCCUGGUUGAUUCAACAGUGAGACGACAACAGUUUGUGCAUUUGUUAUUCAUGUCUGGAAUAAUUAGAUGGAUUCAGAUGGUUCAAAUUAUGUGACAUUUAUUCUAGAAAUAUGGAUUGACACAGAUUACGGUUGUUAUAACCUCAAUUUCUUUAACAAGAAGUUGAUUUUAACUUUUUAUUUUUACCUCCGUGGCAUUCCAGUGCAUGCAGCUUCAGUUCAAAUAGUCCCCAGAAUGCAUCAUGGUCGCGUUACGUAUCAGUAUGUUGCUCUUAGGACUGCACGAUUCAAUUUAAAGUGAAAUUGUAAUUUAAAAACUGAACUUGAUCUGUGAA